AUGCCAGGGCGAGCAUCGCACUACCUUUGCAUCUCGUGUUUGGCCGCGCUGGCGCAACUCAAGAGGCAGCUGCCCAAGAUCCUGCUGGAGGUUGGAGGCACCGAGAAGCAGAAGCGAAGCACGUCCCGGCCUGUGGUUGGCCGCAUGGACUUUGGUGACGCUUGGGGUCACCAGCAAGGUUCCGGAUGGACGGCCCAAGGCCAUCGAUGUGACCAAGCCGGUCUUGCGAGAGCCAAGGGUCAGGGGCGUCAGAUUGGUGAAAGAUCUGAAAGGGUCCAAGACUAUUGGCAUUUCCUUCGCAACUACCAGGAGGUGCCGCUCAAAGACUUCGAUCAGCAAACCGCGCCCCAGGUCUUGAGAGUUUCCAAGUUGGACGACGAGACCUUUCAACAACUCGUCAGGGACGGCGUGCCCUUUGUGGUGGAUGAUUGCACUGAAGGCUUUCGCGAUGGCGCCAUCAGUGACUUCGAAUGCAAAGACUUUGCAGAUCGAUGGCCGUCAGGGAACAUGCGGGCAGAGUACACCCCAGGGCAGUACCACAUCUACCUGAAGGACGGUGGGAGGACCUUAGGCGCCGUGGCAUGUGGCUCAAGGCUUCCGGCCAACCGCGGCCAUGAUGCCAACGUGAUCGCAGUCUUCCUUGCGCUGAACGCGGGAUGCCAAGCUUUUCGCACGGAGGACUCACAGCAGCGGCUUCGCAACGCUUCGGGCGAGGUGCCCAAGAUGGUCCUGGAUCAUGAGCACCCCUGGCGAAACCACGAGGACUCGAUGCACGCACAGAGUUCCGGUCAGCGUGCAAGCCAUCAACGCAUCGAACUCUUUCAGGAUGAGAAAGAGAACCCUAGCGCCAAGGAGAUUCUAUUGGCCGUGGGUGGGGGCACGGGCGCGGGCACGGGCGGCAGCAUCGAGAUGGAUCGCGAGAUCAUUCGACGGAUGAGAUACCAGGACAAGCUGGUGCUAGCCCUGAUGGUAGCAGUGUACUUCGUCGCAAUCAUCUUCACAGCCAGUUUAGCUUACCGUGCAGCCUGCAACAACUCCUCCGUGAAGUUCUAUGCCGAUCCACGUGUGGAACCUUUGAUGAUCGACAGCGACGACAUGGACGACUUUUUGGUCACCUUCAUGCAGCCGCCGAAGAACAUUCAACUCAGUGUCCAGGGGCUGAUGCCUAUCCCCGUCUGCGGACCUGCUGGGAUGAUCGAUGAUGAUCGAUGGAACGCCUUGUUGGCCAACCUGGUGGAAGGGGCCAUCGAGUGGCAGGGAGGUUACUAUCGCCACAUUUUCAGCUUCAGCUUGGACCUUAGCCACUUCCUGGUGCCCAGCGGACUUCCAGAGGAUGGAAGCGACACAGCUAUGGCCGGCCUAGCUGAUCAGGAUUUGGAAGAACUCAGGCGCUUCCUGGCCGAAAACACCAAUGACCUUGCCACAGUGAGCAUGAUGAAAGAAGUCUCCUGGGACGACUGGGAGGAAUUGGCCACCAACAUCAAGCAAAAGAUUCGGCAGGGAGGUUUCGAAGGUCUGAUCCAUGUUUCAUGGAAGAAUUCUGAGAUGCUCACUGUCUACAAAAACCGCACGUGGGCGAACUUCUUGCACAUGAGUGUCACGAGGGUCCUGUUGGGCCUAAGCAUCCUGGGCUACCUCUGGUACCUGCCAUACAUGUGGCUGCGGCAACGUGGUCCUCAGCUCCAGCCGAGGUUCAAAGUGAACGUGGGCAUCGCGGAGUACUGGAACCUCAUCAGCGACAAAAUCAGUGAACGGGGCUUCGACCCUGAUUGGUAUACGAAAGUGCAUCCUCAGCGAAAGAAUGCUGAGCACAUGGCGGGCUCGCGCAAAAUCGCUGGACCCUACAUUUGGCACGUGAAGGAUGAGGAGCCGCUGAAGACCAAACGUUCGGUGCAGAAGCAUUGGCGCACGCCGUAUUUUCUCGAGAAGAGCCUUGCGAACCGAAUGGAAGCCAACGAAUCCUUUGAAUUUUGGUUCUCCCUCGCGGGUGGUGGCACCUUUAGCCAUGCCGACUCCUAUUGUGAAACGACCAUCUCAAUGCAGUUCAAGGGCAAGAAGCGAUGGCGCAUCCAAGCCUUUCCAGAGAUUCGGCAUCACUUCAACGCCACAGCAUUCGGGGACGAGCAGAUCUAUGGUGGAAGACAGCACGUGCCAUGGACGCCGGAAACCGAGUUCACAGUAGGUCCUGGCCAGUGCUUCGUGUUCCCCACGGGCUACCUGCACGAAACUUUCGUUGAUCCGGACAGCAACGACCAGCAGUGCUACACCGCCUCAACGUAUCAGUUUAACCAUCCGCGACAAGUCAACCUCUACAGGGCGUUCAUGAGUCGUUUCUCCAUGUCGCACUAUGGCUUAGGCGAGCCCUGCUUGGAAAAGGUCGAGUCUUACGCCACGUUGCUCCAAGAGACACGGAGGUUCUUAGUAGCUCCUGACAAGGAGAAGAUGAAAGCAGAGGCCGCGCGCGUGAUGAAGUUCAUCGACUCCGACGGAGAUGGCCACUUCACCAACGAGGAGUUGUACAAUGCCUUCGCAAAGAAGAACGCCAAGACCCGCAAGGAGAUCCUUGGACGGGGAGAUUUCAGGUACAACUGGAUCAAAUUGCUGUCGCCCGAGCAAAAAGAUGCGCUGACAGAAGAAGCCAUGGGUGUGUGGGUGGAGGAUGCCCUUCAGUACCAUGACGUGGACCGAGACAAGAAGGUCUCUCUGGAGGAACUUGCGUACAACUUUCUGCAUUGGAACGUCAUCCAGUCUCGCUCGGAGAGGUUGCGGAGCAUCCGCACCCGAGAUGCCAACGGAUGGGUCCAGGAAGCUCUGAAGAUCGAGAAGGAAUACUUGGAGCGAUUCUUCUGCGAAAAUCCUCAGGCGUGCCCUGAAUUGGAGGAACUGGAGAGAUAUGGGCAGCACUUGAGCUCCUCGAAAAAAGCUUCGAAGGCCGCAUAUCGAAAGAUCCAAAGCAUGAUGUCAGGUGAGGAAGGGGACGAAGUGCUGACCAUGGUGGAUCGUUCCUCAGGAAACCAAGAGGCGCGGAGGGUCUCGGAACUGCGAAGUGAACUUUGA